CUAACACAUCCGGGUACUUGAGCCGUCCGCCACACCGCGACAAGACGAGACGAGCAAUGUUUGGACUUUUCGCGAAAAGCAGACCUUUUAAAAUUAGGAGCCUCGAAGACAACAAAAAGUACGGCGUCGCGGCUAAAGACGUGAAGGAGUUGCUUAAAAAAGGUUGCAAGUUGUUAAAGGUACCGCCUUUAGGUGCACAUGUUUGUUUGUACGCAGACGGGACAGAAGUGACUGAAAAAUACUUUGCAACUUUGCCUGACAACACAGAACUCGUUCUCCUCCGCAAGCAGCAGGCAUGGGGUGGGGCUGUGUGCGACAUCGCUCAUUUACUAGGGUCGGACCAGUAUGCCAUGGGCCUCAUUGAAGCGGCAAAGGGCCUCCUGCAUGAUGAGAAGUCUGCCAAGAGGCGGAAAAUCCUGACUGACCUUCUUCACAACCUGGAGGACAGAUCUGAGCUGGAGAGCAGAGUGGAGGAUAAAGAAUGGUUUAUAGGUGUCGAGGCUCGAUUCAAGACCAAGUCAGCCUACUUGAAGUCUAACUGUGAAAACAGGAUAAGGAGCUACAUGAAAGACCUGGAUGAAGCUACCAAAGCCGUGCAGAAAACUAAAGUUCGUGAAGAAUGUGUGCAGGCCUCAAAGAGCCUCUCACAUAUGCUCAAGUGUGACAAAUACAACGGCUGCUACUUUGACCGCUCUUCAAAAGAGAAGGAUCGCAUCUGUACAAAAGAAGGAUGGUUUACCUGCCAGGGCUCCUUUGACCAGCCCAAGUGCGCGUGGCUCCACUCCAUCAAUCCCUACAGCAGCAGAGAGAGUCGCAUCAUGUUCAGCACUUGGAAUCUGGACCACAGGAUUGAAAAGAAGAGGACAAUCGUUCCAGCUCUUAUGGAUGCGCUUCAGAACCACAAAAGUGAGGACAUCAAUUUGACUUACUUCUACCGCCUGCUGUUCACUUGUGACAACCUGAAGCUGGUCCACAUCGUGUGCCACAAGAAGGAAGCACAUAACCUGCAGUGUGAGCCAAAGAAGAUCUUCAAAGCAGACAACAGAAAGCAUCACAGCAAGAAGAUACGCUUAAAAUAACCAUAACAAAUAUUUUACAUUUAA